AUUAGUCAGAUUGAAUAACAUCGGUUUAUCUAGAAUGAAAUUAAAUAGCAACGUAGUUUUAGUUGGGGAAAAAGUUGUUCUUGUUCCAUAUGAAGAAAUCCACGUUCCAAAGUAUCAUGAAUGGAUGAAGUCAGAAGAGCUCCAGAAAUUGACAGCAUCGGAACCCCUCUCUCUAGAAGAGGAGUAUGAAAUGCAGAAGAGUUGGAGAAAUGACGAGCAAAAAUGUACAUUUAUAAUGCUAGACAAAGAAAAGUAUAAUGGUCCUGAAACAGAAAUUGAUGCUAUGGUUGGUGAUGUCAAUUUAUUCUUGACUGAAGAAGAUGACCAUAUUGCAGGAGAAAUUAACUUGAUGGUAGCAGAAGAGAAUGUGCGUCAUAAAGGUUUUGGUACAGAGUCUUUAUUCCUAAUGAUUCGUUAUGGAUGGGUAAAACUGAAGCUAGAAGAAGUGCGAGCAAAGAUUGGAUUUGAUAACGAGCCAAGCAUAAAGAUGUUUACAAAGCAUGGAUUUCGGGAAGUUUCCCGAUCGGAUUUUUUCAAAGAAGUGACUUUAGUGCUCAAUCUAACAAGUGACGUCAAGGCAAAGAUUGCAGAAUUGACAGAAGGCUUUCGAGAAGAAAAAUAUAAAUAAAUCUGUUUUAAAAAAAUCUCAUUUGUCUUCAAUUGUCAGUGAUUUGCGGUUUUAAUUUUGCAUUUAUGACUUCAAUAACAGUCCUUAAUUGCGUAAUAGUAAUUAAAUCACCACAAA